AUGAGUUGCUUCUUAGGACAGCAGCAAGUGCUGCAGCAAGAAGCAAGACAGAUAGAAGGUUUGCUGGAGGUUGCUGCUGCAGCAAUGCAGCGGCUGCAGGAGCAGCAGGAGGCAGCAGCAGCACUUAUACGCGCCGAGGAAGCAGCAGAAAGAGCAGAGACGCAGCAGCAGCAGCCUAAACAGCGGAAAGCUCUCUGCAGCAGCAGUAGCAGCAGCAGCAGCGGCUGGGAGGAGCAGCAGCUGCGGAUUGAAGUCUCCUCUGCUGCUGACAGCAGCAGAUCGCCACCCAGACAAACUGCUGCUGCAUUUUCGUCUUUGCUGCCGUCUAUUGCUGCAGCAGAAAACCUGCUGCAGCACAUCAACAGCAUAAGAAACAAAGCGCAGCAGCAGCAGCAGCAGCUGUUGCAAUCAUUCUUCGCCUCCUCUAGUGGAUGCCCCCAGCAGCUCCAGCAUCAGCAUCAGCAGCAGCAGCAGCGAAGCAGCAGCAGCGACAACGAUAAUAGCAACAGCAGCAGCAACAGCAGCAGCAGCAGCAGCACAUUUCCAGCUGGCACCGCAGCUCAUGAGGCGGCAAGAGACAGCACUGAGGGACAGGAGGGCCUUGUUGCAGCAGAAGUACCUGCAGCAACAAGCGCACCAGCGGCAGCAGCAGCCGCAGCAGCAGCAGCAGCAGCAGCAGCAGCAGCUGCUGCUGCUGCUGCUGCACCAGGACCCGCACAACCAAGGUACUUCGUGCUGCCAGCAGCAGUAGAUAUCAUUGGUGAGUUGCAGCUGCCGGAGUUGAAGGUGCAGCAGCAAUUAUUUGCUACUGCCGGGGGCUCCGAUGCUCCUGCUGCAGUUGCUGCGCUGCAUGCAUCUGCUGCUGCAGCAGCUGCUGCAGCAGCAGAUGCAGCAGCUGCUCCCUCGUCUGCUGCAUCUCCUGCUUCAAGCCAAACAGCCACAGGAAUUAUCCCCAGUGCAGAUAGAGAUGCUGCUGCAGCAGAUGCUGCAGCAGCAGCAGCAACUGCUGCUGCAGCAUCAACAGGGAUAUGCAGCAGAUUGGAAAGGCUCUUCUCUGCCCCGGAAACAGCGACAGCUCCAGCGCAUGCUGCUGCUGCUGCUGCUGCUGCUGGGGGUGGUGGACUAGCUGCUGCUGCUCCCCAACUGGGCGACUGCCAGCAGCAGCAGCAGCUGCAGUUGCAGCAGCUGCAACAGCAGCAGCUGCAACUGCAGCAGCUGCAGCAACAGCAGCUGCAGCUGUUGCACUCUUCUUCUCCGGAACAGCAGCAGCAGCAGCAAACCCACCACCAACAAGAAGAGCAGCAGCAACACCACCAGCAUCAAGAGCAGCAGCAGCACCAACAUCACCAGCAGCAACAGCAGCAGGAGCAGCAGCUGCAGCAGCAGCAACAACAGCAGGUUGCAGUCCCGCGACUGCGGCUCACAGACCUGCAGCUGCCAACUCAAGAGCAGCAGCAGCAACAACAGGGGGAGCUGCAUCAUCCGCAGCAACAGGAGCAACAGCAGCAGCAGCAACAGCAGCUGCAGCGGGAGCUGCAGCAGCAGUUACAACAACAGCUGCAGCUGGAGCAGCAGCAACUGCAGCAGCUGCAGCAGCAGCAACAGCAGCAGAAGCAGCAGCAGCAGACAGAAUUUGCUGCCAGCAACUCUAACACUCCAUUUGAAACCCCAUCGGCGUCGCCGCUGCAGUCACCGCGCCGCGCUGGCACCAGCAGCAACAGCAGCAGCAGCAGCAGCAGCAGCAGCAACCCAUUCGUGGCUUGCUUCCAGGUGCGCAGCAGAUCUCGCCCCCAACGUACGAGCCACAGGAGCCCUCGGCAUACACCCGGAGGCCCCCCUGAGUUUGCUGCUGCUGCAGCUGCCAGCAGCAGCGGAAGAAACAACAACCCCACCAACAACAGCAGCAGCAGCAGCAGCAGCAGCAGCAACGGAAGCAGCCCUGAGGGCAUCACUCAAAUGCAUCCUGUCUGUGCAAAGGAUGCUGCUUGGUAG